GUGUUAGUGUAAUAUCUGUUUUAUGUAUGUGUGCGUGUGUGUGUUUAUAAGUGGAGGAAGCUCCAAAGCCGCGGAAUUAUCCAGAAAUCAAAUGAAAAACCAUAUAAAUAUACAUAGCAUUCACAACUUUGGCAACUAAAUUCGACGGCAGCAUUGAGCAAGUGCAAGAAAAAUUUGGUCGUCGUCGAAGACUCCGCGUGGUGGAUAAUGUCGAAUCAGGCGCAAAUGGACUACGACAGGCAAUUUCAGGAGGAUUUGGCCAAGGCGACAGCGCUCAGUUUGGAGCAGCAGGCCCUCGAUGACUAUCGCCGGAAUAAAAAAUAUGGCACGGGCAAUGCCGAUUACUACGUCCAACAACAACAACAACAACACCUCCACCAACAACAACAACUAAGACGUCGUCACUCUGAGGCGAAUCAGGCGGCCGCCUCGUUGGACCGCGUAGAUCGCUCACGUACUCCACCGGCAAGGCAGACGACGGGCAAAGGUGACAGCGAUUUGAUUUGUUUUGCCAGUCCCACAAGCAAGCAGCCGACGGCAGAGAGCGGCGGCAGUCCGUUCGAUCAGCUGAUUGAGGAUCUGCAGCGUCUGCAGGCAAACAAUCCACAAUCAGCUCUGGUGCCGGUGGGUCCUGUUGCAGCAGCAUCUCCAGUGCCUGUGCACUAUGCAGCAGCAGCAGCAACAACAGCAGCACCACCACCAACUUAUGGCAGUGCUGUGCCUCCAGGUGGUGUUGGCAUGCAACUGGUGCCAUAUCAGGCGACUGCGCAGCAGCAACUGCAGCAGCGUCCGCUGAACCAAGAGGAGCUGCAGCGCCUAUACAGCAUGCCCAAUCAGUUGGCUGUACAGCCCGUUGCCCCAGCGAGCUUUGUGUACUAUCCAACGUUCACUGUGCCCGUUGUGCCUGGCUCUGCUGCCUAUAUGCCGCCCCAAUACCCAUCGCAUGGCUAUGGCUUUGGUGUGCCUGGAUAUGCGCCAAACAACGGCGCCAGCACCCAUGUGGACCUUUCUCGUUCACAAAGCACCUCUGCAGCUUCAACAUACAGCCAAAGCAGCAGCACCAAUGCCAAUAACAGCAGCCAUCCAGUUGUACAUUCGGGACCGGUGCCACAAGCUGCUAGUUCUAUUGGAUUUAAUGUGCGCCGUCCAAAUCCACCCGUCGGCAGCUGUCCCUCCGUUGGACCCCAGCUGCCCGUUCAGCGAACCGGCAACGAUUUGAUCGAUUUGAAUCAGGAUGAUUAUUCGCGUGUGAGUGUCUUGGAGGCAUUUGAUCCACUCAAUGAGAACUCUGGUAACGAUGGCGCUUCCGAUAGCACCUCCUACUAUGCGGAAUAUGAUCCGUUUGAUUUUCUGUAUGGCGGCGACAAUGGCACACAGUACUCGGAUCCCAUGUACGAGGCGGUCAACAGGUGGGACAAUAAUAUGGCUAAUAGUGGAAGCGUUAGCGUCGGUUCCAUUGGCUGGCGACAAGAUUACUUCGCUCAGCCAUCUCAUCGUUCGCACUCUGCAUCGCCCACAUCAGCACCAACAGCAGCAGUUGUGGCAGCAUCUGGAGGUGCCUCCACAUCUGGUUCUGUAUCGCCACCACCCCCAUUGCCGCCACGCAAUCAGCAGCUUUAUGAGACGGGCACAGCUAGUGUGACCACAUCCAAACCGCAACAGUUGGCGCCAUUCACGGACAGCUACACGAAUAGCAUACCGGCUAAUGUGGUACUCGAUCGCCGGAAAACAUGCACACGCCUCUACGAACUAAUUAGUGAUCAGCCCACGGAUGAUGCCGAGCUCUUGGAAUUCUAUCAUAUGGUGCGUCAGGUGCGCGCCUGCUAUCCAAAUGACGAUACGGAGACGAAUGUGGGUCAUGUGAUAGCUGCCGAGUUUAACUAUCACUAUUUGAUGAACACCAGUAUCAAGAUCAUUGUGCAUCCUGCUAUAAAUACGCUGCAGCCACACGCUGCCUCCAAUUCGCAGACUGGGGAGCUGGUUAAAGGCUACGGCAGCCCAGUCACCUUCACUUGCGACAUUGAUUCUGUGGUGGCUCAGGUGGUGGCACAGGCGCUGGCCUCGCUCGAAGGACAGGUUAAGGGCACAGUGACGGAUUAUGUGGUCAAGCCCAUUGGCCUGCUGGAGUGGCUGGCACCCACAUCGAAGCUGAGUCAGUUGGAGUGCGUGCACAACAGCUUGCAGCUGGAGAAGGAUGUGCAUUUGGGCUUGUGCAUACGCAGCGCAGCCAAUAUGCAGGCAAUUGCGCGGACGGCGCAGGAUGAUGAACUAGACACUGAUAUGCAGCCGGAGAAUGUGUUGCCCAAUGAGGUGGUACCCACUGUGACCUACGACAACAUGAUGAUACUCAUUGAGACUCUCGAAAUGGAAAUCGAUAAGCUCGAAUCGGCGGUGGAUGGUGCGCCAGCGGGUCGCAGCGUCGUCAGUUGCUCUGGCGUUGUGCAAGCCGUCAAGGCGAUUUGUGCGCUGCUCGGCUCCAUCGAUACGCUGGAGAUAGUGGGAUGCAUUGCCGAGCUAAAGAGCGUUUGUGAAGAGGCUCAGACGAAGUACGCACCUUUGGGCGGCGCCAACAAUCCAGAAAUUGUCAGCGAAUAUGGGGAGUAUGCGCAAGUGACACUGCGACCGCGUUCCAUGCUGGAGCAAAUCAAAUUGAAAUGCAAUCGGUUGCGUGAUGCGGUCCAGGAGCUAAUCGAACUCUAUGCCAAUGUAUUUCGCGUUGCCUUCUCGGUGAAGACGCCAGAUUUCGCCACAACACCGAUACCCAUUUCGUGCGUAUCUAAGCCGAUUGUGGUGAGCAUCAAUUGCCUGCACAGGCCACUGCUCAACUGGAAAUUUGAGGAUUACUCGCUCUGUGUGCAACUCGUUUAUGGCACGCGCCUGUUGUCCAAGCCCAAUGUGCUAAGCUGCUCCAGUGAUACGAGCGGCGGCCUCUUUCCCCGUUUGAACUUCAGUGCUUGGCUAACCUUCGAUCAACACCCAAUCUGCACGCUACCGCGUGAGGCGCGUCUCACAUUUGUGCUAUACGGCAAGCAGGCGGCCAGCGAGAACGAGACGAGUGCGGAACCGAAUGGCGAGCGGAGGCAUGUGACUACCGAGCUGGGCUGGUGCUCCAUACAGCUGUUUGACUUUAAGCGCACCAUGAUAUGUGGCCCGUAUUUGCUGUCCGUGUGGCCGCAGACCACAGAUAAAAUGCUGGGACCAGCUCCGGCGCGCGGUUGUCAUCCUCAUCCCGACUUUUGUCCGGUGCUGAGCAUUGAAGUACCGCCAUAUGGCGGUCGCAUUGAGUUUCCCGAGCAUCAGGAGACGCCCAAGCCUGCACCGCACUACGAUUUUGCUUCACUGGACGCCAAUCUGCAAGAGGAGCUCCUGGAUACGGCCGAGCUGGGCUAUUCUGGCGCCACGGAGCGCCGUGAAGUGUUCUGGGAGAAACGUCUCUAUCUGCAGCAGUAUCCCAAUGCGCUGCCCAAGGUAUUGCAUGCAGCCCACAGUUGGGACUAUGCCAAUCUGAUUGAUCUGCACUCGUUGCUGCACUCCUGGGCACCGUUGUCGCCGCUUCAGGCACUGGAGCUCUUGCUGCCACGGUACCCAGAUGCUAAGGUGCGCGAAAAAGCAGUGGAAUGGAUAUCGUCCAUGCCUAACGAUCAGUUGGUGGACUUUUUGCCGCAGCUGGUGCAAUCUUUGAAGCACGACACGUAUGAGGCAUCCGCUCUGUCAAGAUUUCUGCUGUCGAAGUGCUUGGAGUCACCGCGCUUUGCUCAUCACAUGUACUGGCUGCUGGUGCACAGUCUGCCCGAUGAUCCGCUCAAUUCGAUUGGCGCCUCGCUGGUAGAUCAGGAUUACGAUGAAUCACAAAUAACACAGGCACGUUACUAUCGCCGCAACAAGAUGAUGCUGCGCGCUCUAAUGGCUGUGUGUGGCGAGAAACUCUUCAAGCGAUUCAUGUACCAGCGUCGCAUGUGCCAGAAUCUGGCCAAGAUAGCCGAGUCUGUGAAGGAAGCCAAAGAGUCAAUGCGACAAAAGAGUCUAGCUGCGGGCAUGGAUAUGGUGCAUAUGGAUUUGCAGGUGGAGCCUACUUGUCUGCCGCUGGGCCCAGAGCUGGAGGUGUCCGGUGUCAAUGUGCGUAACUGCAGCUACUUCAACUCCAACACUCUGCCACUGAAGAUAACCUUCGUGGGACCCGACGCCGAGCCGCUGCCGGCAAUAUUCAAGUGUGGUGAUGACUUGCAACAGGACAUGUUGACAAUUCAACUGAUACGCAUCAUGAACAAAAUGUGGCUGGCCGAGCGCUUGGACCUCAAGAUGGUAACCUUUAAUUGUGUGCCCACUGGUUACAAGAGCGGCAUGAUUGAGCUUGUCUCCGAGGCCGAAACGUUGCGCAAAAUCCAAGUGGAAUGCGGUCUGACCGGCUCAUUCAAGGAUCGACCCAUCGCUGAGUGGCUGGGCAAACAGAAUCCGAGUCCGCUGGAAUAUCAGAAAGCUGUGCGCAAUUUUACACUCUCUUGCGCUGGCUAUAGUGUGGCUACCUAUGUGUUGGGCAUCUGUGAUCGACACAACGACAACAUUAUGCUUAAGACCUCUGGACACUUGUUUCACAUCGAUUUUGGCAAAUUUCUAGGCGAUGCACAAAUGUUUGGCAAUAUCAAAAGAGAUCGCACACCGUUUGUGCUAACCUCGGACAUGGCAUAUGUGAUUAAUGGCGGUGAUAAGCCAUCCACUGAUUUUCACUACUUUGUUGACCUCUGCUGUCGUGCCUUCAACAUUGUACGCAAAAAUGCAGACCUGCUGCUACACACGCUGGCGCACAUGGCCACCGCCGGCAUGCCGGGUGUGAACUCGAAUGCCGUCACCUAUGUGCGUCGUGCUCUGCUGCCAGCACAAUCGAAUCCCGAGGCGGCGGCCACAUUCGCCAAAAUGAUACAGUUGUCGCUGAAGAGUUGGUUCACCCAAUUCAAUUUCUUCCUGCACAAUUUGGCCCAGAUGCGAUUCAACAAUGAUGAAGGUACCAGCGAACUUCUAUCCUUUGUACCUCGCAAAUACACCAUGGCGCAGGAUGGACGGCUGAAAAUCGUUAAAGUGGUGCGCUUCCAGAAGCACUACAGCAUGGAAAAGUAUUAUAUGUACAUUCUGCAAGUGACGCGACAUGGACAGCGGGAUCCAACGCAUCUGUUUCGCUCGUACCGCGAGUUCACCGAGUUCCAUCAGAAGUUGUGCAUACACUUUCCUCUGGUCAAGCUGAACAGCCUUCCAGCUGGUGUUCAUGUGGGACGAUCCAAUAUCAAAUCUGUUGCUGAAAAGCGUUUACCGUUGAUACAGCGUUUCCUCAAAUCACUAUUCGAUGCAGCCGAGGAAAUAGCCCACUCGGAUUUAGUAUACACAUUCUUUCAUCCACUGUUGCGUGAUCAACAAGAAGCCAAGUUGGAGAUGCCGAAGAUAAAAGAGGUCAAGCGUCAGCCACCUCGUGAUAAUUCCAAUGAAAUUGGUCAAAUCCGCCUAUCACUGCAAUACCAACGUGGCGGGUUAACUGUGAUGAUACACCACGCCAAAGGAUUGCCCAUGCUACAGGGCGGCCAGGAGCCGAACACAUAUGUCAAGUGCUACUUGAAACCGGAUCCUAGCAAGGAAACCAAACGCAAGACAAAGGUGGUGCGCAAAACAUGUGUGCCCAGCUUCAUGGAGACGUUGGAGUACCGCAUGCCGCUGGAUAUUGUGCGACAGCGCAGGUUGCAGGUGACUAUCUGGUCACAUGAUACGCUGCAGGAGAACGAGUUGCUCGGCGGUUUCGAGUUGGAUCUCUCCAAACAUGAUUUGCGUCAGGAAAUGUGCGACUGGUAUCGCUUGGGUUCGGUGCCUAGGAAUUGAUUGUUGUCCUCUACCAUCGAUUAACCAACAAUCUGGCUAAGCUGCAUAUACACACUCACACACACAUACACAUACACACCCAUACUAUGUUUGUGCCUGUCUGUUCAACGCAAUAAUACUUACAUACUCAAAGUGAUUGUACAUUCCAUAUAUAUAUAUAUAUAUAUAUAUAUAUAUAUACUUAUACACAUAUUUACUAGCAUAUACAUAUAGUUUAGCUGAAAUGUAUCUAUCACUUGUAUAUAACCUACACACACACACAUAGCUACUCUUACUGUGAAUGCUGUUUAGCUAUUGCACAAACUUUUGCAGAUCAGCUGAAAUUUUGUAUAUGUACAUAAAUCAACCAAAUAUAAGUGAUACGUGCUGAUCGGUAGUACAUACAUACUUAUAUGAAACGUAACUAUUUAUUCAGGUAAAUCCUUGGGAUACUGUAGUGUGCACAUUUCUUAUCCUAGUUAUAGACGAAGCGGUUUAAAAUGCAAUACUAUUUUUUUCCCCUGGGCCAAAUUGUAGAUCCUUAAUGAAGCAUGUCUUUUUUACAGUAUUAAUGCCCAAUCAGUGGGUCGGACUCGCUUAUAUCAUGUCAAUAAAUUUGGCCAACAUAAAAUGAUUAAAUUAGUUAACCCAAUAUCAGGCAAAGGCCAAUUAUCGGCAGGUCUCCGUAUUUUGCAGACGAUAUUCAAACACAACUUUUAAUUUCGGACUUUAGCUGUUUAGAGAUUAUAAUUGAAUUACUGUUCUGAGUGUUUGCAACACUGUUGUGUGGCUUAUGACCUAAAAGAGUUGUCAAUCAGUUUUAACUGACUAAAACUAAAAUUCCAAAUAUCGCGUACUGCCAAAGCAGCUUGUGUGCGUCAAAUAUUCUAACGAUUCUUAAAUAGUUGCGAUCCAAAGAAUAUUAAAUACUAUAAUAUAUAUGAUGAUGAUCAAAGUGUAUUCACUGGAUCACUUCAAAAGCUGUUAAAAAUAAAACUACAAGUUUUUAUUUUUAUAUACAAUGUGACAUUUUGUCAUACACCUCAAAAAUAAAUAAGAAUAAAUCAAAAAUUCCUAAAUGAAAUUUAA